AUGGCGCAGGGACCGCCGGAGGAGCGCGAGAUGGACGAACAAUCGCUGACCGUGGACGGCGCCGAGAUCGCCGUGUGCCACCGCACGGGCGGCGCGCCGAACUUCGUCUGGCUCGGCGGUUACCGAUCCGACAUGGACGGCACAAAGGCCGUCGAACUGGACCGCUGGUGCGGCGAGCACGCCAUGGCCUGCACCCGGUUCGACUAUUCGGGCCAUGGCCGGUCGGGUGGCGAUUUCCGGGCCGGCACGAUCUCGCGCUGGCUCGGCGAGGCGCUCGCGGUGACCGAAAACGUCUGCGCGCCGCCCUUGGUGCUUGUCGGCUCGUCAAUGGGCGCGUGGAUCGCGCUGCGCAUGGUCGCCGAACUCAACCGGGGCGGUGUCGGCGAUCCGAUCGCAGGGCUGCUGCUGCUGGCGCCCGCGCCCGACUUCACCAGCGAGCUGCAUGAGCCCAAGCUGACCGGCGCGCAAAAGCGGGAUCUGCAAGAGCAGGGCUAUUUCGCCGAGCCGACGCCAUACGGGCCCGAGCCGAACAUCUUCAUGCGGGACCUGUUCGAGGAUGGCCGCAACAACCGCGUCAUGACCGGGCCCAUAGACACACACUGCCCGGUGCGCAUCAUUCAGGGCCAGGCCGAUCCCGACGUGCCGUGGCAGCAUGCGCAGCGUCUGUUCGAGCUUCUGUCCAAGGACGAUGCGGUGAUCAGCUACGUCAAGGAUGGCGAUCACCGCCUGUCGCGGCCGCAGGACAUCGCCAUGAUGCUCGAUGCCGCCGGCGCGCUUGCGGGCAAGUCCGGCGGCCAGGGAGGCGGCCAGGGCUGA